GACCCGUUCCCUAGUCUACUUCCUGAAUUUCCCCCUUCUCCUCUCCGAUUCCACUAACCUAUUGAAUUACACAGAAGAAACCCGUUGAAAAUGUUGAGGCUUAAGAGAUUUAGCUCAGCUGUAUUUCUCAAUUCAAAAAACGUUUUUUCUAGAGAAGAGAAAUUAGUUUCUCCAAUCCAUUUAAGCAAUCCAUGCCGAUUGACCUCCAGUCGCUUCCUCGAUAUUUACCAGCUAGGAAACAAGGAUGCAAUUGAGAAAGAGCGUGCUCGGCUUAAAGAUGAGAUGAACCGGGGUUACUUUGCUGAUAUAAAUGAGUUGAAGCAACAUGGUGGUAAGAUUGCAACUGCAAAUAAGAUAAUCAUUCCAGCAGUGGCAGCUGUGAAGUUUCCUGCGCUGGAAGUGAAUCACUCAGAUGGUUCGAGCCUUAAGCUUCCCAUCGCAUCCAUUGGAAAUGGCGUUGCGGUAAACAAAGCGGAAGCACCAAAGGCAUCAUUGUUGUGUCUUUCAUUUCGUGCAAGCUCACAGGCGAUGGUAGAUUCUUGGAGUAAACCAUUUCUGGAUACAUUCAAAGAUUCCAAUAGAGUUCAGCUGUACGAGAUCUCCUUUAUAGAUUCAUGGUUGUUGACGCUCAGUCCUGUAAAGAAACUACUACUUCGGACUAUGAGGAAAUCUAACCCUGACGAAAGCAAGGAUGUACUGCAUAGACAAAUUGUUUAUUCAUUUGGAGACCAUUACUACUUUCGGAAAGAACUUAAAAUAUUGAAUCUUCUGACUGGGUACACGUUUUUGCUUGACAAAUUUGGUAGAAUACGAUGGCAAGGUUCUGGAUUGGCAACAGAAGAAGAGUUGUCAUCGCUUCUAUCCUGUACUUCUCUACUGCUGGAUGAGGAAUAAAAGUAACAAAAAUUUUGCUAUACAUGUCCAAUUUCAAAUAUCAAAAGGCAUAUGGAGGGAUCUCCUUGUUAAGUAGAUUCAAGCUCCUAAAGUCUACAUAAAUGCUUCAUUUUUUGUACUUCUGUACCCAUUCUGGUUUUGGAGGUUCUGUAAUUUUCUCUAAAAUGAAUUUGAAUGACUUUUUGGUGUUCCUGGACAUUUUGUCUUGAACUGAAUUGCACAAAACAUAUAUGUGGUAGGCAUUUUCUUCAGGGUCAUGUUGAAAUCAUUCUAAAAUUUUCUCUUCCAUUUGCUUUAGCUGACCGACAACCUGGUUAGCUUAUUUAAGGGUUUGACUAUUA